UUCGAUAUCGAAGUUCGAUAGCCGCCGGGAAGCCGCCGCUAAGCUGUGAUGGCGGACGUGUGAUCCCUGCGUUACUUCCAAAUAUUUGUUAUUUAGUUGAGAGUUUCGCCGUAUUUAACAUAAACGCCAUACAUUUACGAUCUUUGUAAACCUAUUGUAACCAUCACUGCAAUGGCUCUACCAAGUAACUACAAGAGCCUGGCCUUGACGAGCCCUGCGUUGGGGUCAAACCAGAUGCAGUCUCCCGGUGCCCCUAUGACAUUCAACAUUUUGAAAGAGCGUCUCAGGGCUUCAGGAGGUGGCAUGCUUCCAGGCAUGAUCCAGAAAGACAACUCUAUUCACCAAGAUCCAUUUGUACGUUCUCCUCAUGGCCAUCCCAACUUCAAUCCGCAGAAGAUUUCAAAGGUUGCAGUGGGUGGUGGAGGCUGGACUGGACUGGGAGACAAUCGCAUGCCUAAGGCUCCAAAACCUCCAGAAAAACCUCUUAUGCCUUAUAUGAGAUACAGUCGCAAGGUAUGGGACUCAGUGAAAGCCAGCAACCCUGAUCACAAACUCUGGGAAAUCGGUAAAAUUAUUGGUCAGAUGUGGCGUGAUCUUCCAGAUGCCAAUAAAGCUGAAUAUAUUGAAGAAUACGAAGCAGAAAAGCUGGAACAUGAGAAAUGCAUGAAAGCAUAUCACAAUUCUCCAGCCUAUUUGGCUUACCUUUCUGCUAAAUCUCGUGGGAAGCCUGUUCAAGUGGAUGUGGACAGGGAGAAUGACCGGCCAGGGAGCAUGAGUAGCAGCAAGCAAGCAGACCGCCGAAUUGACAUUCAACCUGCUGAAGAUGAAGAUGAUUUAGAUGAUGGUUACUCGGUGAAACAUGUAGCUUUUGCUCGUUAUUUACGUAACCACAGACUUAUCAAUGAAAUAUUCUCUGAUUCUGUUGUACCUGAUGUGAGAUCUGUUGUUACAACUACUCGAAUGCAAGUAUUGAAGAGACAAGUAGUGUCUCUUUCAAUGCAUCAGAAAAAGCUUGAAGCAGAACUGCAGCAAAUUGAAGAAAAGUUUGAAUCCAAGAAAAGGAAAUUCACUGAAAGUAGUGAGGUUUUCCAAGAAGAACUGAAAAAGCACUGCCAGCGUGCUGUUGAUGAAGAAACAUUCAACCGAAUGGUUGAGAAACAGAUUGAUCUCCUUCGGAAAGAGCGCAUGAAACCAGAGGAACCUCCUAAGCCUGCACAAAAUGGACAAGCAACACCCAACGGCACAGAAGCAAGCAGUGACAGCAGGCCUGCUGGAGAGGAAAGUGGUGAUGGUCAACAGAAUGCAGUUGAGCCUGUUGUGCAAAGUACUGAAGACAACCAGUCCCAACAAGAGCCUAUGGAGACGGACCCGCCAGCCACGACCGAACCAGCAGCAGAGGCCGCUGCGCCAUCAGUCGAGGCUGCCGCCGCUCCAGCCGUCGUCGCCAGUGCUGCUGAGCCUGCAGCUGAGCCUGCAGCUGAGCCCGCCGCUGAAGCGGCCGCCGAGGUCAAGUCGGAGUCCGAGCCCAGCACGGAGGCGACGCCACCGCCCGCCCCCGUCGUCACGCCGGCCGCGCCCGCCGCGCCCGCCCCCAGUGGCGAGGUGCCGUCCACGGAAGCAGCACCCCCGGCGGAGGUGGCAGCAGGGGCAGCAGCGGCGGAGGCACCCCCGAGUGAGCCCCAGCCGGCCCCGGUCGUCAAGGAGGAGACGCAGGGCGACGUCGCGAUGAAGGUGGAGGAGCCGGCAGCGGAGGCGGCGCCUGCAGCACCUGCAGAACCGACAGAAGCGGCGCCAGACACGGCAGCUGCACCACCCGUGGCCGCGGACUCUCAAGUCACCGCGUCUCCACCAGCCGCACCCCAGCCCGCGGAGGUGCCUCAGCCCCAGCCCGCAGAGCCUGCGACUGAAGCCCAGGUGAACGGCGCGGCCACGGCAGCUGCGCCCCUGCCCGCUCCAAGCACUGAACACACACCAGCCCCCGCUCCCGUCACCGCAGUCGCGCCACCAGCGCCUGCACCGGUCAUGCCGGCCCCGGUGGCACCACCUGUUGCUGCCGGCGUGCCGCCCGUCAUGCCCCCCAUGGGGGCCUACCCCCAUCACCCCCAUCAUCCCCACCACCCAGCAUACCCUCCUAGCCACGGCAUGAUGCCACCCCAGGGACCUCCCGCAGGGUACCCGCCCCAGCCGUACGCCCCGUACCCUGGAGCACCACCUUCGCGCCCUCCAGUCCAUGCGUACCCACCGGCUGCAGGCUACCCACCCCAGCAGGCAUAUCACCAGUACCCGCCUCAGUACCCCCCUCAUCCGUACUACCACCAAGGGUAUGCUCCCGGCCCGCCUGGUCCACAGUACCCGCCGCACGGCCCACCUAUGGGCGGCCCACCUAUGGGCGGCCCACCUAUGGGCGGCCCACCAGGCAGACCUCACUACCCCCACGCCCCCCACAUGGACGCAGCGCACCCGGGAAUGGAGGGUGUGAUGCCUCCGAACCCCUACGCUCCCAUGCCUACUGGCCAUCCGGGUCCUGCAGGGCCUGGUGCGGAGGCGGUGGGCCCCCCUCCCGCCAUCCAUCAUCCCCCCGCACCGGAGCCCCCUGCAGUGGGCCCUGUGGUGCCACCCGCAGCACCAUCUGUGCCUGAAGAUGCCAAAGCAGUCCCUGCUCCAGAGGAGUCCAACAGGGCAAGUGAUGCUCCCCCAGCAGCUGUUCCUGCACCUGCGGAGACUGCUACUACUGCAGAAACAGGGGCAGAAGGAGCAGCAAGUGCGCCUAGUGAAGAGAAGACGGAGUAAAUUAUCAACUCAUAGGGAUCUCAUAAUUUUUUUUCUUUUAAAUAUAAAUUUGACUAAAAUAUCUGUUUGUCUUCAUAUUGAAGUCAUAUUGCUUGCAGUAUUUGUAAAUUUAGUUUGGUCAGAAAUUAGUCUCUGCUCGGGCUAAAGGUUUCAUGUGGGCUAGUUCAUAUGUAAGUGAACUUUUUAAGAAUUUGUUUCAGCUGUAUCUGUUUUUAAAUCAGUCUUAAAAAAGUAGACCAAGAUCACUCCUGAUGAAAUGUGGGAGCAAACCAAGCAAACAAAUUAUCCUUCACAUGUCUUAAUAUAUUUUAAGCAAACUUGACAUUGGUCUGUAAAUUAAGAUCUUCACGUGUUUUUGUACCUGUGGAUGUGGAUAGUGUAAAUUACAGAAUAAUAAUAAUAAUAAUAAUAAU